CAGCACAGCCAGGCUCAACCCUCUCCGGAUCGCUUUUCUACAGCUUCCAGCGCAGCAGAGUGGAAGUACGCGUAAGAGAGAGAGGUAGGAUAAAAGGAGGUGAUUGAGGCAGUAUUAUACAGUUCUUCUUCAAGAUCAUCGCGGUCCCGGGAGCAGCAGAGUCAGCCGUCCGAGACGUCCGUGGGACGUACUCCAGCACCGCCAGGCUCGCCCCUCUACAGAGACAACUCGCCGCCUCCUCCCCCUACAGCGUUCAGCGCAGCAGGGUGGAAGUAAGUGCGAGGGAGAGAGACGUAAGUUUAAGUGUUUUAAAUCCAGGGUAGAGAGCGGGACGAUCGGUAGGAGAAAUUGAAUCUAAGACCUCCGAGGGAUAGACUAGCGUCCACUGACCCACACCAUCACACGUAGAUUAAACGAGUUACUCGCGGCAAAUAAAAUCACUAGCAGGGGGAUAAAACUGCGUCGUGCGGUCUUUGAAAGUGUGGAGCGUGCUUGGUGUCCACGCAUCUGUACGAUUGUUUACAGUAGUGUUUAGCACUCGCAUACCUGCGCAAUCACAAUAGUGCUUAGCACUCGCGCACCGGUGUGACUGUGUUGCGAUCGCUCGCCUGCACGAGUGUCUAUAGCGCGGUAGCGAGCGACGCGCCAGGCGUGCGCGUAUUCGCGCGGUGGUUUAAACGGCCCCUUUAAAUCAGAACGCAGGGAUCCCCUUUGACCAGUGUCGCGUGCUGCAAGCGUAAAGCGUACCACCCCGCUAAUAGAAAUAUGCCGACGUGGUCAGCAACAAAGUCAGGGGUACAGGGAAGCGAGGAAGUGGAGGCCGGUAGCCCGGACCCCACAGAACAGCCGGGGGGUAGCGGUACGAGGGUCACGGGGGAAUCGGGGGACAACGGCCCCGACAAUUCUGUGAUGGCGGGGGACGGUAGCCCCCACAGUUUGGCGUCAGAAGCGGUACGAACCCUCGCGUUACCCCACUCGAAAAUAAGGCAUAUAUUCACCGGCCGGGGUACCCCUUCGUGGAAAGCGUUUGCCCGCAACGUCCUAGGGUCUAAUGAAAUUAAUGGGUGGACAGACGCGCAGGCGUUACGUCAACUUAAUAUGAAUCUGGAUGGGCGGGCAGCCGAUUUUGUGGAAGCCCUACCCGCAAGCGCGCAGACACAGCUAGAGGAGCUGAUGCGCCGACUUAAUCUGCGUUUCGGUAUGCGCGAUGAGGAGGCAAAAGCGGCCUUAGAGGCAUGUCGGCGCCAACCCGGCGAGGAACUGCGCGAUUAUGCCGAGGAUGUGCGCGAGCUAACAAAGAUCGCACGCCCGGGGUACACGACAGAGGUGAUUGAGGAGCUGGCCGCAGAGAAAAUCCAGCGAUACUUGACUCGCAUGGUGUGGUGGCAGCCAGACAUGAACUGUAUGCGCCUUCCCUUUAACGCCCUUGUCGAGCGCGCGCGUAAGUGUGAAAGAAUUUCUAGCGAACGCGCGCAGCUCCGAGGACUGGGACGGGAGCGCACCAUCGCAAGUCUGUCCACCGAGGAGGAAGAGGAAGAACAGGAACUCGCCAGGGCAGUACGGGGGCGAGAGAGGGAGCCUCCGGCAUCCCGCGACACAACCCCGGGAUGGGUGGCUGGGAUACAGACGGGCAUAAAGGGUGUAGCCGGCCAGGUGACCCAAGUAGGUGACAGGGUAACCCAAGUAGACAACAAGGUAACCCAAGUACGGACACAUAUGACUGCGCUACAGACUACGGUAGAGACAGUUCAGACCGAGAUAGGGGGGCUGGCCAGGAGGGUAGCCCGACUGGAGGCAGAAUCUGGGCAGCGGCGUACCGGAAGGGAAAGAGGGAGCGGACGGGGGGACUUCUACGGGGCCGCCGCCCUCCCCCGGACGUGUUACCUGUGUGACCGUCAAGGGCAUCUCGUUAGGGACUGUCCCCAGAUCGCCCGCACUAGAAACGCGCCAGGGUUAAACGCCAACGCCCCCUAGAGAGUGGACCACCUAGGGGUGCAAUCAACGAGAUCCCGAAACAAAACGAUAAUAAUAAUGGUGAGCGAGUGACCCCCACACAGGUUCCAACCACAACACCCAAGGAUGGGGUGAGGACAGGCGACUGGUUGCGGGAGCUGGUGGCAGGAAUCACGGGGGCCACGUCGCUGGUGGAAGGACAGGUGAACGGGCAGCGCACCCGGA